AUACCAUCGGCAAUUCUACGCAUCGUUAACUGUUCAGCAAUAAUUCUAGCAAUUCGUUCUCAAUUGCCCUCUUCUCUAAAUUCCUAAUAUUUCCUCGAUUCCUUUUCUAGGUUGUAGUUUUUAGCCAUCUCUUUCAAUUAUGCAGAUCUUCGUGAAAACCCUAACGGGCAAGACCGUAACUCUCGAGGUCGAGAGUUCUGAUACCAUUGAUAACGUCAAGGCCAAAAUCCAAGACAAGGAAGGCAUCCCUCCCGAUCAGCAGCGCCUCAUCUUUGCCGGCAAGCAACUCGAAGACGGCCGCACCCUCGCCGAUUACAACAUCCAGAAGGAGUCCACCCUCCACCUUGUGCUCCGCCUCCGCGGUGGCAUGCAGAUCUUCGUGAAAACCCUAACCGGCAAAACCAUCACCCUGGAGGUCGAGAGCUCCGACACGAUCGAUAACGUUAAGGCUAAGAUACAAGAUAAGGAGGGUAUUCCACCGGAUCAGCAGCGAUUAAUCUUCGCCGGCAAGCAACUCGACGAUGGCAGAACCCUAGCCGACUACAACAUCCAAAAGGAGUCCACCCUUCACCUUGUCUUGAGGCUUCGCGGUGGUAUGCAGAUAUUCGUCAAAACCCUAACUGGGAAGACGAUCACGUUGGAAGUCGAGAGCUCUGACACGAUAGAUAAUGUCAAGGCUAAGAUCCAGGAUAAAGAGGGAAUUCCGCCGGACCAGCAGAGAUUGAUCUUUGCGGGAAAGCAGUUGGAAGACGGUCGAACCCUAGCUGAUUACAAUAUCCAGAAAGAAUCUACUCUUCAUCUGGUGUUGCGCUUGAGGGGUGGUAUGCAGAUCUUUGUGAAGACUCUGACUGGUAAGACUAUCACUCUUGAAGUUGAGAGCUCAGACACCAUCGACAACGUCAAAGCAAAGAUCCAAGACAAAGAGGGAAUUCCACCGGACCAGCAGCGACUCAUUUUUGCUGGAAAGCAGCUCGAAGAUGGGCGCACCCUGGCGGAUUAUAAUAUCCAGAAGGAGUCCACUCUUCACCUUGUCCUUCGUCUGCGCGGUGGUGCCUUCUAAGAAUUAGAAGCCUUAAUAGUAGAUGCUUGUUUUUAGUUACUUGUUUAGGUCCUUGAAUUAUACUCUGUCUUCCCGUAAUAAAUGUUUGUUGAAAUCGUUUUUCUUAAUUUCAGUACCAAAUUCAGGGAAAAUGAAGUAAACUGCCAGUUCGUCGUUUUUCGUC